ACGCUCCUCACACGAAACGAUCCCUCAAACUAUCGCCAACUAUCGGACUACUUCACUGCGGGAACCAGCACCGGGGCGUCCGGCUGCUCUCUUUUCAUCCGUAUCUUGGCCGCACAUCACCGGGAGUGUUUCGUUCUCCGGCGUUACCGUCUCGAACCUCACCUGUGGAGUAAAUGUCUCCGCUUGGAAACCAAGGGUUUCCGUGGCGGCUAGCCCCCGAUGCUAGCCCCGUUAGCUAGCUGUAUGGAGGUAAUUAGCUAGCGAAGCUCCGGCUCGCUUGAGUCCCCCGCACACGAUUCCUCCUCUCUCCCCCCUUCCCCUCUGUCGCCGUGUCCCCGCUUCGUCUCCUGGAAAUGUCUCUGCGGUGAAGGAGGAAGAUCACCAGAUGGAAAUAAGAUAUUUAUACCCAAUGGAUUACUCAUCACUGCUUUCCAAAUUAUGUAGUGCUUCUCCUCUUGGCAUCAUGAUCGCCAUCAAAUCAGAGUCGGACUACUGCUGCAGAGAUUUCUCUUCUUUACAUGGGGAUUUAUCAGGCAGUUUUUAAAGAGCUUCAGUCAAGCCUGGAUGUGCAGUCAGAUCUGUUUUCCCUCCCAACGUGGCUCAGAUGAAAUAUUGACUAUGUGUCUGUGCAGGUUGGGAAUGCCAGGAUUCAUAUAAACGUUUACAGUGACUUCGUACAAAGGAAUCCCAAAGAAGGAAGGCCAGGAAGGGAUCGGCACGCAGGAACUACCCGUUCCCCGAGAAACAUGGCCUCGGUUUGGAAGAGACUGCAGCGCGUGGGGAAGCACGCCUCCAAAUUCCAGUUCGUGGCUUCCUAUCAGGAAUUAAUGGUGGAGUGCACCAAGAAAUGGCAACCCGACAAACUGGUGGUGGUGUGGACCCGCAGGAGCCGGCGGAAAUCCUCAAAGGCCCACAGUUGGCAGCCUGGCAUCAAAAACCCCUACAGAGGAGUUGUGGUGUGGCCUGUACCAGAGAACAUAGAGAUCACUGUCACUCUGUUUAAGGACCCCCAUGCAGAGGAGUUUGAGGACAAAGAAUGGACGUUUGUCAUUGAAAAUGAGUCUCCAUCGGGCCGGAGGAAGGCCUUGGCCACCAGCAGCAUCAACAUGAAGCAGUACGCCAGCCCGAUGCCCACUCAGACCGACGUCAAGCUCAAGUUCAAGCCGCUGUCCAAGAAGGUGGUGUCGGCCACGCUGCAGUUCUCCCUCUCCUGCAUCUUCCUCCGUGAGGGAAAAGCCACUGAUGAGGACAUGCAGAGCCUGGCCAGCUUGAUGAGCAUGAAACAGGCUGACAUCGGCAACCUGGACGACUUUGAGGAGGAGAACGAGGAAGACGAGGAGAACAGGGUGAACCAAGAGGAGAAAGCGGCCAAGAUCACAGAGAUUGUAAACCAGUUGAAUGCCCUCAGCUGCUUACAUGGGGAUGAUGAUGAUGAUGAUGGUGGUGGUGGUGGUCUUGGUGUUCCCAAGCGAGCACGCAAAGCAACAGCUAAGCCUGCUGCUUCCUCCCAAGAGCUAAUUAACAAGCUGAACUUCCUGGAGGACGAGGAUCAGGAAACGGCCCGCGACAUGAGCACCAACCCCUUCGACGAGCCCGAUGACGACAUCCAUCCGAACCACCUGAACCCGUUCGGUGAUCCGGAUAUAGAAGAGCCCCCCCCUCAGCCGGUACCACGGCAGCGCCUCGAAGACGACUCCUUCUUCGAAGACUCUUCGAAUCCCUUCAACGAUCCGGACGAACCCGAGCCGUCCCUGGGGAACCCCUUCGAUGAGGCGGACCAGGACCUGGACUCCCAGCCCGAGCCCCCCAGGCCCCGACAGAGGAAGGGGGUCCGGCCCGUGGACAUGAGCAAAUACCUGUACGCCGACAUCGCUCCCAACGAGGAGGAGGAGCUCGACGAAUCCAAUCCGUUCUACGAGCCAAAGACGUCGAGCCCCACCGGCGGCCCCGCUCCAGAUGCCGGCAGCAGCCAGAAGAGGAGGGCGCCCCCACCCCCGAGUCCUGGCCCCGGCCCCGGCUCCAGCACACCGCCCUCCAAACCCCACCCGGGCCCGGACAGGGAUCGAACGCCGGCCGUCGGGCCCAGCCCAGUGGCAGCAGUGAUAGGGAGAGAGCUGGCCUCAUCUUCCCCGAAGCCCAGUCCUGUACCGAGUCCGGUUCUGGGAGGGAAACCCAACGCCAGCCAGUCGCUCCUGGCCUGGUGCCGGGAGGUGACCAAGAACUACCGCGGGGUGAAGAUCACCAACUUCACCACCUCCUGGAGGAACGGACUGGCCUUCUGCGCCCUGCUGCACCAUUUCAGACCGGACGUAAUAGACUACAAGUCGCUCAAUCCUCAGGAUAUUAAAGAAAACAACAAAAAGGCUUACGAUGGCUUUGCCAGCCUCGGCAUCUCUCGCCUCCUGGAGCCCUCCGACAUGGUGCUGCUGGCCAUCCCCGACAAGCUGACGGUGAUGACCUACCUGUACCAGAUCCGGGCGCACUUCUCCGGCGAGGAGCUCAACGUGGUGCAGAUCGAAGCCAACAGCAGCCGCAGCACCUACAAAGUGGGCGACUUUGAGACGGACACCAACGCCUCCAUCGGCCAGGACAAGUUCUACGCCGAGCUGAACGACGUGCAGCACCGCCAGGCCAACUCUCAGCCCGCCGUGUCCGCUGGCGGCGAGACCGCCGAGGCCAAUGGGGCCGACGCCCCCGAGGGGGAGGCAGGGGAACCGGGGUGGAAGGCCGAGGCGGGACAGGUCAUUGCCUGCACGCCUGCAACAAGGCCUCUGCAGUCAUCGACUCCCGUCCCGUCUCCACGCACAGCGCCCGGCGCGCCGGCCACAAACUCCGCCCACGUGACAGCGCCGCCACCCGCCGAGGAACGGGGGAGCCUCCUAAAAGCCAACACCCUGGACCUCAGCGAGCUACCGCAGCGAGUGGAGAGAGAGAUGGAAAAGGACCGCCAGCGUAAAAACGAGGCGGCGGAAGAUCGAAGGGAAGGCGCAGCCGAGCCGGCGUCCCCCACCCGGAAGGGAGCCCCCUCCUCCCCCUCCUCCCCUCCGCACCAGAAGCUGGGCUUCUCCUACAACAGGGACGCCGACCUCAUCAAGAAGAAGAGAGCCGGGCUGCGUCACUCAGAGUCUGAGCCCACCUCCGAGACCGGCUCCUCACCGGUCAACCACACAGACGCCCCCGUCAAACAGGAGCCGACAGUCGCCCCUCUCUCCAGUCCACCAGCUGAAAAGAAGGUUCUGUCUCGUCAGGAGGAGCUGAAGGAGAGAGCCAGGCUCCUCCUGGAACAGGCCCGCAGAGACGCUGCCAUGAAAGCCGGCAACAAGAACGUCCCCUCCUCAGCCGUGACUGGAACCAACAGGCCUGCAGGAGUCUGCGAUGAGCGAGACGCAGAGCGGCGGAGGCAGCUGAGAGAGCGAGCCCGGCAGCUGAUCGCCGAGGCCCGGUCCGGAGUCAAGAUGUCCGACAUGAGCCUGCUGGACACGCCGAGCACCGACAGGGGGAAAACCGGGAAGCCCGGCACUGCUGGAGAUGUUUUGCACAGAGCGAGAAGUCCUCACGAAGAUGAUGGUGAGGAUGAGAAGGAGAGCAGAGUUCAGGAGGAACAGACUCGCUAUACUGCUGCUUCUGCUGCUUCUGCCGCUGAGGAUGAUGAUGAUGAUGAUGAUGAUGAUGAUACUGUUGAUGCUUCCACGUCCGCGCUGGUUACUAACCCUCUUCCACCGGAGGCUCUUCCAGCCGCCUCCAGCAGCCAGGAGCCGUCGGAGCUUACUAACCCCGACUCUGAGCUAACCUCUCCGGGCGCUAACAGCAAGCAUGUGGAUCUGAAGCUGAAGAAACUGGUGGAGGUCAGUCCAAGAGGAGUCACGUCCCCUUCGUCCCCGUCCUCCACCUCCUCCUCGUCCUCGCCCACCGCCUCCUCUACCUCCCCGCUCAGCCCGGCAGAAGCAUCGGAGAACAGCGCCGAGGAGCUGCGGGCGGAGCGUCUGCGCAGAGCCACCGAGAGGCUGCGCAGCCCCGUCGUCUUCAACAAGGACUCUGCAGUCAGGAAGACGCAGCUCAAGUCCUUCAGCCAGUACGUGGAGAGCAGACCAGAGGUGAAAAGACAGAAGUCUGUUCCCGAGGACCUUAAGAACUCAGAGGAGGAUCGAGGCUCGCCGACAGACAUCGACAUCCGCAGGCCGUUUGAGGAGGAGAAGGCGUUCAAAGACACCAGUCAGUAUGUGGUUGGGGAGCUGUCUGCACUGGAGAGCGAGCAGAGGCACAUCGACGCCCGAGCAGCUCGCGUGGAGAAGAGGCUGCGCUAUCUCAUGGACACAGGAAACAACAAGGAAGAAGAGGAGGCCAUGAUGCAGGAGUGGUUCAUGCUGGUCAACAAGAAGAACGCCCUCAUCCGAAGGCAGAACCAGCUGUCUCUGCUGGAGAAAGAGCACGAUCUGGAGAGACGCUUCGAACUGCUGAACAGGGAGCUGAGAGCAAUGCUGGCCAUCGAAGACUGGCAGAAGACCGAAGCCCAGAAGAGACGCGAGCAGCUGCUGCUGGAUGAGCUGGUCAUACUGGUCAACAAACGAGACGCUCUGGUCCGAGACCUGGACGCCCAGGAGAAAGAGGCCGAGGAGGAGGACGAGCACCUGGAGCGGACGCUGGAGCAGAACAAAGGCAAGAUGGCCAAGAAAGAGGAGAAGUGUGUCCUCCAGUGAUUGUCAGAGAAGCACUGCAAAUGUAGCCGAUCAAAGAAAUGUAUCCUCGUCGAUAUCGGUUGUGUUCCGGCAUCUUUCCGCCGCGGAGACUUCAGCUUUCUACAGACUGAGACGGUCCCGCCUCUCCUUAACGUUUCAUUUCACCUGGACUCUGCUUUGCUUUCAUCCUGAACGGUACCUGUAUGUAAUAUAAAUAAAGAGAGGCGAGACGCCGAGACGCCGUCGUGUUUGGAUGUAACCACGCUGCAGCACAAAAAAAAACAAAAAAGAAAGGAAAGAAAAGAAAGAAAAGUGGGUUUAGUGAGUUUUUCUUCAUUGUGAUGAGGAGCUCCAGGAAUUUUUUUAAAGUUAAAAAAAAAGAAACUUCCAUCAUCAGUCUUUUUCCAGCUACUUCAUUACUUGACUGUGUAUCUUUUAAUUAAAGUUUUUACUUGUAAAAUAUCUUAAAACUUGGGGAACGCGUUAAAGUUCAUAAACUUGCAUAAACUUUUCCUAUUGCUUUUUUUUAUUGUCUUGGCUUGAAAGCAGUUUACCAAAAGAAAAAUUAAA